AUGUUCUUCGUCAUCGUACUCUGUCUGGCGCUUCUGCCGUCGACCUUCUCCCUUCUCAUCCCACCAGCCGCCGCCAACUGCACCACGUCGAAGUGCACUUCAAAGUGCGGCGAUAUUCCCUUCAACCCAGCUUGGUACUCCUGCUACACCACCAACAACGGCUCCGCGCUCUGCCCAAUCGUCGCCAACAUUCCUCUUGACCUCUGCAACCACGACUGCUACACGCCUCUUCAGUACAGCUGUAACAACCUCACCCUCAACCCUCUGCCGAAAUACACAGGCCCAGUCAGCCUCACAGCUCUCAACCCAGCUCAGCCUUUCCACAACCAACCCGUCCAAGCUGCCGGCCAGCGUUUCGUCAUCGGUGGUACCGCAGCAACAUACUGUCCCAGCUCUCUUCCAGAAGGCGUCUGUCCCAAUCUCACGACCACCGUCCUGUACGGCUCAGGUACCGGACUCGCGACUCUAGUCCCAGGAGGUCAAAGUCUGUACAUCCGUCCAGAUGGCAGCAUCGGCUUCACGCAGGCACAUAGUAUCUUUGUGCCGGCUGGAUCAUACCAGGGAGCGAUCGGAACGGCGUACAGCAAUGCGGGUUUCUGGGGUGUGAAUGGCAGUUCGUGGUACGCGUGCGAGGCCGAGGGCAAGGGAGAGGGGUGGUACAUCUACUCGGGUCUGUUCACGAAGAGCUGGAAUGGAUCCCAAUGCGAAGAGGUGAUGCUGAAGGUGGAGAAUCUGCCGAUGGGCACCCUCGGAGCAUGGCAGUACAUCUGA